AUGAAUGCAAGGGACUCAACGCACGAGUUUUAUGAUCACGUCACAGAAAAAAGAAUCAAAUUACAAGCACUUAAAGAUAACUCACAAAUUUUUGUCCAAUCAGAAGAGAAAGUUCAUCCUGCUCCGAGUGAGGAUAAUACGGCUUCGCACACUUCUCAUGGUCAUAUAGGAAUUGCUUUCAAACAGAAACCUCCAAAGUACACUAUAUCGAAGCCAUUCAGUUUUGAGCCACGUGAGACCGCUAUCUUGGAAGCUAGAUCUAAACGGGAAAAAUUAGCAUAUGAUCAUAUUCGUGAGCUUGCAAAUUCAUUUCGUGCGCAGCCGAUGCCCGUUGGGUCACCAGAUCCUCUCCCUCCUAGACGUUCAUAUACGCCUACUCGACCAAAACCAUUUCGUUUUAAGACGGAUGAUCGCAUAAUUAAUCACUCCAGACGCAAAGAGGUAAUUUUUUCCCUUAAAUGA